UCUGACGAUUGGAGGAAUUGUUACGAGGGAUCGCUGUUACUAUCGAUAUCCUCUCGGACAGACAGAUCAGUAUCGAUAUCUCCGUGUGUCGCUAUUCCUGAGGGAAAAAGGAAGAGAAGAAGAGUGAACAGUCGAUGACGCUGAUGACGCUGUGUCGUGAAUCGUGCGAACGCAAAAUAUAACCUCUCCGGCGCAUAAGAUGCACCAGCUUUUGUCGAUCCAGUCAGAAAUACCACUAUUUCGAGAAACCUGAUUCUGCCUGGCUGCGUGCCCCACACGCGUUUGCGCGUCCUACGUUUAAACAAUUCGUCUCCGCGAUCCUCGUCUGCCGCUCAUCAUGAAAGUGAUCGUGAAGAAGCUGCAGGGGAAAGAGUGCGUCGUUGACAUAUUACCAUCAGAGACAGUGUUGGAAUUGAAGCAAAAAGUGAGUGAUCUCUUGGGCAUCGAUGUACCACAGCAAAGAUUAUUACUCACUGGCAAGACUUUAGCAGAUGAAAACCCACUAAGUUUUUAUCCGGGAAUCAAAGAUGGCAGUAAGUUAAAUCUUUUGGUGAUCAAGAAGGCAGAGGAAGGCUCCAGCGAAGCGAGAUCUUUGCCCCAACAGAAAGCCGGCAUCCAUCUUUUGAGAGAAGAGGUGUCACGAGUGCUCAGGCAUUAUUAUACGGUAUCCGAGACUGAGUCCAUAGUCAACGAACUGAUAAAGGACUUGAAAAAUAAAGUGAAUAAUCUUAGUUAUGAUGAUCUAGAGAGACUAGCCACUGCGUUACUCCAGGACCAAGAGAACGUAGCUUAAGGAUUACUCAAGAUUA